AUGUCGCUGAAGUCGUUAUUAUCGACACCGCUAGUUCGAGCAGCGCGAGUGAACGAAUCGGUGUAUGACGGAGUUAUCCUUGUCACGAAUUGCGGAAAGAAUGUCGCUGAAACACCGCAACUGAAGGAGCUUUCGGCAGCUGUACUGGAUUUCAUUGAAGUUCAUCGUGGAGCGCUCACGUCUGCCAAUAUAGUACCGGUCGACAGGAAGAUAAUACCUUCAGGGCGACUCGUUCUUGCAGGAACUGGUACGUUUUGUUGGAGGAGUCAUUUGGAAAUUAAUGUAACUUCUACGCUUUAUUAUUGUUCUGCUAUUCAUAGUCAAGGCAUUGAGGCUUCGUAA